AUGGACGCCCUUGACUUACUUGAGGAUGAUGAAGACCCACUCCCUGAUGUUGAUUCUCUAGAGGAUAAUAUGGAAGCCACAGUUGAGGAGUCAAUUCUCAAAGUUUGGGAUGACCUCACGGUGUGGUACCUGGGGUGGGAAUUCUACUGCCUAGAACAUGGUAUUGAGCCCGACGGCAUGAUGCCUUCUGACUCCACCUUUAAUGUAGCCUACAACGCCUUCAACACCUUCAGCGAAACUAGAUUUGGCAAGCACGUCCCCCAUGCUUUCUUUGUCGACCUUGAACCCAUCGUCAUCGAUGAGGUCUGCUACGACACCUACUGUCAACUCUUCCACCCCGAACAACUCAUCUCUGGUAAGGAAGACGCCGCCAACAACUUCGCCAGCGACCACUACACCGUUGGCAAAGAGAUCAUAGAUCUGUGCUUGGAUCGCAUCUGCAAGCUCGUCGAUAAUUGCACCGGCCUACAAGGCUUCCUCAUCUUCAACACCGUCGACGGUGGCAAGUACCCUAGGAUCCACUUCAUGCUUUCAUCCUAUGCUAUGGUUCUCUGCCGCUAA